AUGGCCAAAAAAGGACUGCUAGAAGCUUUUGAUAUUCUCUUGAGAGAUUUAAUGGACACAAAUAUCUUAUUUGGUGGAAAAGUCGUUGUCUUUGGUGGUGAUUUUAGACAAACUCUUCCUGUUGUUCGCAGUGGAAAAAAGGAUGAUUUCAUUCGAGAGAGUUUACUGUUUUCUGAAAUUUGGAAUCAGCUUGAAAAAUUGCGAUUAUCUGACAAUAUGCGAGCAAAAACAGACCCCACAUUUUGUGAGUACUUGCUAAGAAUUGGGAAUGGAAAAGAAAAAGUACAUGAUAAUGAUAAAAUUCAAAUACCCCAUUGCUUUAUUAUACCUUUUAUUUCUGAAAAUGAAUCAUUAGAUGUCCUAUUUAGACUAACUUAUCCGGAUCUACAUACAUGUACUUCUAAUGUAUCUUCUAUGACCUCUCGUGUAAUUUUGACGACAAAAAAUGACUUCGUUGAUCAAAUGAAUGAUUUGCUUAUAACUCAAUUUCCUGGUGAUCCUAAAACAUAUGUUUCAUUUGAUGAGACUAUUGAACCGAAUGAUCAAAGUCAAUAUGAAGAUUUUCUACACACCCUACAUCCAGCUGGUUUGCCUCCCCACAAAUUGACAUUAAAAAAAUAUUGCCCUGUCAUGUUACUAAGAAAUCUAAAUCCUUGUGAGGGCUUAUGCAAUGGUACUAGACUUAUAUGUAAUGAUCUUCAAAAACAUGUUAUCAGUGCAACAAUUGCAACUGGAGAUUUCAAAAACAAGCAUGUAUUUAUUCCAAGAAUACCAUUAUUAUCAUCUGCAGAUGAAAAAUUGCCUGUUCCUUUUAAAAGAACACAAUAUCCUUUACGCUUAUGUUUUGCUAUGACAAUAAAUAAAGCUCAAGGUCAAACAUUGGACUUUGUUGGAAUUUAUUUACGAGAACCUGUUUUCUCACAUGGACAACUGUAUGUGGCUUUAUCAAGAGCAAGAAGUUCCAAUUGUAUAAAAAUAUUAAUUCGCCCACCAACACCAGAUGAUGACGAUGAUCAUUCAACAUACAACAUAGUCUACAACGAAAUCAUUCAAAAAGCAUUCACAUGA